AUGCGUAGCGCUGCCGCUUCAUCACGCCCCCAGGAGGUCCUUGUCCAGGUUGGUGACGAACUCGGGCCCGCCUUCGGCGCGUUUCAUGGCAGCUAUGGCCUCCAAGGCUAUAGUGAUGUACUCCAGCGAGUUCUUGGUUUCUUGGAAGUGUUGCGCGAAACGGUCGUACUUGGAGUUCACGUCGUAGUCCUGCGACAUGCGGUUGUUCGACCUCGGCACCCAGUUGCCGUCGACGGACUCGUAGAGAAUGUUCUUCUGCAGGAAGGCCUCGAGCUCCGCCUCGUUGCUGGCGGAGGGGUCGUGAAUUUCGUUGCCCAUGCGGUCCACAACGUCCUUGAUGAAGUGGGUGUAUAUCUUAGUAGCGAGGGGCGACGCGAGCAACAUUUUCGUGGCCCAGAACUGCACCUUGACCUCCUCGUAAAUGAGCUCCAGCGAUGUCUUCGCGUCGGACUUCUCGAAAAUAUCGGUCAUAGCAAGUCUGCGCUUCCUCAUCGCGAAAUUCUCACGCACGCGGUACAGCGCUUCGCCCAUCAGGCUUCGGUGGCCGGCGCGGCCUACGAUGUACUUCUCGAACUGGUAGCAGUAGUCGAAGAUGUCCACUGCAACGUCGAACUGAAUGGAGUAGGUCUGCUCCAGAAUCAGGUUCAUCAUGGCUCCGGCGCAGUCGGUGGCCUUCUGGCGGCAAUACUCCUCAGACAGCUGGUCGAUCUGUUCCUGGAAGUGCAGGCUUUCGCUGAGGCAGUACAGCGUCUGUCCGCACUCCGAUUGCUGGAUGCAGCGGAACACUUCCGCCAGUGCUGCUUUAAGCACCCUACGAAGCGCAGCGGCAGCAGCGCAAGCCGACAGUCUUGCUGCGUGUAA